CCGUAAGCGCGAAUCACUUCGCCCCGGGCCGAGAAACUGAAGACACGGCGGCACGUAUACCCCCCCGGCAGGACGAUAACCCGUGGCCUUCUUCUCCUCUCAAUUGUUUCUCUGCAGAGCUUCAAUGGCGGAAAGCCCCGCCAAAGUCCAAAAGGCCGGGGGAGGACGCUCAUGCUGCGUCUGCAACGAAAGGAGAGCUGCCCUCAAGAGGCCUAAAACCCUAGAGCAGAUAUGUAGGGAGUGUUUCUUUGCUGUUUUCGAGGAGGAGAUCCACCAAGUAAUCAUGCAAAAUCAGUUGUUCAAGCCUGGGGAGCGCAUUGCAAUUGGUGCAUCCGGUGGUAAAGAUUCCACUGUCCUAGCCUGCGUGUUAUCAGAGUUAAACCGGAGACACAACUAUGGAUUGGACCUCUUCCUCUUAUCGGUUGAUGAAGGAAUUACUGGGUAUAGGGAUGAUUCACUUGAAACUGUAAAAAGGAAUGAAGUCCAGUAUGGAUUACCAUUGAAAAUUGUUUCAUACAAAGAUUUGUAUGGAUGGACGAUGGAUGAAAUAGUAAAGAUUAUCGGAUUGAAGAAUAACUGCACAUUUUGUGGGGUCUUCCGCCGGCAGGCUCUUGACCGAGGCGCUGCGCUGCUGAAAGUAGACAAGCUUGCUACUGGACAUAAUGCUGAUGAUAUUGCUGAAACAGUUCUUUUGAAUAUUUUGCGGGGUGACAUUGCGCGAUUGAGCAGGUGUACUGCCAUUACAACUGGUGAAGAUGGACCAAUUCCUAGGUGCAAACCUUUUAAGUACACGUACGAGAAAGAGAUUGUCAUGUAUGCAUACUUCAAGAGGCUGGAUUAUUUCUCGACUGAAUGCAUCUAUUCCCCUAAUGCAUAUCGGGGUUUCGCUCGUGAGUUUAUAAAGGACCUGGAAAGAAUAAGACCUAGAGCCAUACUCGACAUUAUAAAAUCAGGUGAAAGUUUCAGAAUAUCUACUUCGACAAAAAUGCCAGAGCAGGGGAUGUGUGAACGCUGUGGUUACAUUUCAAGCCAGAAAUGGUGUAAAGCCUGUGUUUUGCUGGAAGGACUGAAUAGGGGGUUGCCAAAACUAGGAAUAGGGCGGACUCGAGUCUCGGAUAAGGAUCAAAAGAAGGAUCUCAAGCAGACUAGUGGGGUGAAGAGCAUAGCAAGUAAACAGUGUGGGUCGUUGGAUUUUUGAAUUAGAUCUGUCAAGUAGUAGCAUGUGGCUGACAUGUUCAAGUCUCAGUGCCUGCACAUAUCAGCUCAAGGAUACCUAACAUUUGCAAGGGUAUUAAUACGCAUUACUUGUCGAGGAGCUGAUCUCUGCACUCCAUUGCCACUGACCCAAGAUUGAAUUUGCUUAUAGAGAGUCUACCAUAUCUUCGGGGCGUUUGAUGGUUUCGGAUCUUCAAGAUUCCCAACAUGACUGUACGAGUCCCAUUUUAAUCAAUCAUCUGGUUGUGAUCUUUGGUCUAGUGGGAUUUCAUCGUGUUCAGGAGUUCCUGCUGAUCAAUGGCUCUGGGCUGUGAAUUGGUAGGAGGAAGAUUCAGAAUGAAAAGACUGGCAGCUCUUGACUUCCCUUCUAUGCAUAGAUGUUGUUUUCCGUUUUUGUUUUUCAGUUUCUCUUUGCAGAAUACGAUAAAGAUUGAACUGUUGAAAUUGCAAUGCCUUUUUCCAUGUAUUGAGAGAGGUCCUUUUUGGCGUCCAAGAAACAGUGGUGGGUAGAUGGCGAAAACUGGGUAGAGAAAGUCGCUGAUUAGUUGGCACUACUUUCAGACAUCUGGUGUGAACAUAAUUUGCAAAUUAGCAAUG